AUGCUGGAGGAGCGCUGGCGAGUGCAGGAGACUGCAGACUACCUUUGCAGCCGCACUUUCUCUGUCGUCACGCUACAGUUCCCAGACGAAUAUCUGCAGCAUGCUUCACGCGUGUGUAAAGCCGUACAAGCAGCUUGCGACAGCAGGGGCCACUACAUCCAGGCCUACAUCCUAGCCGACACCAGCUACAACAGCCUGAGCGUCGACGAGGUGGCGGCGGCGCACGUGAAUGCGCAGUGCGUGGUCCACUAUGGCCGCGCCUCCUUGACCAAGCUCUCCCGCCUCCCAGCCUUCUUCGUCUUCCCGCAACAGCAGCUCAACGUGCAGGCGGCAGCUGCAUGCUUGGCAGCCAGCUCGCUGCUGGCUGCUGGCGGCGGUGCCAGCGACAGCAGCGGCAGCAGCGGCGGCGGCGGCCCUGUGCUCGUGUUUGUUGACCAGCCACUGCUGCACCGGCUGGAUCAACUCAAGGCGGCGCUGCUGGAGCUGCUGGAGCAGCAGCAGGGCCCCGGGGCGACAGCGCAGCUGGUGUUUCCCACCGUGCCGCAGCAGCACAUGGAGCCAGAGGGGCAGCAGGGAGUGCAGCAGGCGCAGCCGACACAAGCUGGCUGCUGUGGAGGAGGUGCUUGCGGCAGCCAGCAGCAGCAGCAAGAGGCAGCCCCGCAGCAGACAGGCUGCGGAUCAGCUGCCUGCUGUUCUGCGGCGCCCAGCAGCAGCGGCGGCGCAGGUGCAGGUGCGCCGCAGGUAGGCCCGUCUCCAGCAGCAGGCUCGCCGGUCAGCCGUGAUGACGUCCCCAGCAGCAGCAGUGGCGGCCAGCACAGCCUGGCCGGGUACCAGUGGCGGCUGCCAGCUGGGGUGGCGCCGCAGGAUUGCGGGCUGGUGUGGGUGGGCGCCCCAGAUGCCCCCGCCCUGCUGCAGCUGCAGCUCACCUACAACACGUGCCGCUGGGCGAUGCUGGACCCCAGCCUGUUGCCCCUCGCCGCGGUCGCCAGCCCCGCUGACGGCGCCGCCAGCCCCGGCAGUGGCGGCGGCGGCAGCAGCGCGGCGCUGCGCGAGGGCCUGCCGCUGGAGAUCAGCCGGGCGCUGCGGCGGCGGUACUUCCUUGUGGAGAAGGCGCGGGAGGCGAGCAUCGUGGGGAUCCUGGUCGGCACGCUGGGCGCGGCGGGGUACGCCGACGCGGUGCAGCGCCUGCGCGCCGCGGCGGCGGCCGCCGGCAAGAAGACCUACACGCUGCUCAUGGGCAAGCCCAGCCCCGCCAAGCUGGCCAACUUCCCGGAGAUCGAGGUGGGUGCGGAGGUGUUUGUGCUGGUGGCGGACCCCCAGGGCCAGAUCCUGGACAGCAAGGAGUACCUGGCGCCCAUCAUCACACCGCACGAGGCGCAGCUGGCGUUUGGGGCGGCGGAGGGCUGGGACUCGCGGCGGUACAGGCUGGACUUUGAAGGAGUGCUGCAGCAGCAGCAGGCGGAUGUAGGCGCCGCAGCCUGCUCUGACGGCAGCCGCCGGGGACAGGAGCCCCGCUUCUCCCUCCUGUCCGGAGGAUACACCGGCAGUGGCGGCAGCGGCAGCGGCAGCGAGCAGGGGGAGGGAGGGGAGGAGGAGCGGAGCGGCGGCGACCCGGGCACGGCCCGGGCACAGCACGCGCAGCGGGCGCUGCAGGUCAGCGCGGCGCCGGCUGGACGCUCCGACCUGGUGCAGCCCAGGUCGGCGGCCGACUACCUGCUGCACAAGCGCAGCUGGCAGGGGGUGGAGGCGCCCCUGGUGGGGGCUGGCCCCAAGGCUGUGGAGGCGGCGGUGGAGGGGCGCAGCGGCAGGGCAGCGGCGUAUGCCGAUGAGCCCGGCCGGGCGCAGCAGUAG